GUGGGCUGAGACUAGCGCUCAAUGAGGAAGCGAAACAGCCAAGCCAUUUUCAGCGUUGAAUAACCACCGCACGCCGCUUGCUGUGUGUGUGUGUGUUUGAGAGAGAGAAGAGCUACGAGAGAAAGGAAAGAAGCAAACUCUCCUCCUGGAUAUUUUUUUUUUACCGGAGCUCUCUCCUUCCUUUCUCACUCUUACUGCUUGUGAGGGGGGAGGCCCGGGGUGGACACACAAUGGGGCGAGGAGCCUGUGGCUACUGGGCCGUUGUAUUGCUGCUGAGAGGGGGAGGGGGUUGAGCGAAGGAGACCGGCACACACAGCUAACUCAGCCAGCCGGCUCCAGCCAGGCCUCAACAGGCUCAAUCUUACCCCGCUCCCUGGCCCUUUUCUGUUUUGUUUUUUUUGUGUUGUUUUUUUCAAGGAAUACCCCUCACUUAAACCUGGAUCUUUGGAUUAUUCGUGUGUGGAUUAUUGUUAAUGGAUUUUGUGAAACGGAUUUAUAUUGGAACCUUGAAAAGAACCGAUUUCUCUCUUCCUGUAUUUGUGAGAAAGGGAGCCAAACUUCUCCUCUUUUCUUUUUUUGCUUUGUGUUGAGGGAAGCUUCUAGAUGGAUUACAAGAUGCAUGCUAAAUCUAACGAUCUGCUGGAUUUUCAGACUCUGGAUGCCCUCUUGGAAAAAAUUUCACAUUAUUCUUCUGUCUCUGUGAAAAGAGAGCCUAGUGAGGAGUGCAAUGGAAUCAUCGGUGCUCUCUCAGUGGAGUCGUCCGCGCCGGCGUCGAGACUAAACAACUGGUGUCCCGCGGCCACCGCCGCCCCAACCCCUACCCCUGCUCCGGCCACUGUGCCCGCGCCCCUAGUCACCUCUGCAAGAAUGGGGGACGGCCUGGACGCAACCACAGUGCAGAUGUCUUCGUCAGGCAGCAGUAGUAGCAGCCAGGGGGGGCAGCCCCAGCCAUCCAGCUACGUACCAACCGUGCCAGAGUUUAACCCGCCGCCCCCGGAGUACAUCAACCCGUCGCAGCCCAAGCGGCAGACCAACCAGCUGCAGUACCUGCUGAAGGUGGUGCUGAAGACCCUGUGGAAGCACCACUUCUCCUGGCCCUUCCAGGCACCCGUCGACGCCGUCAAACUCAACCUGCCGGACUACUACAAGAUUAUUAAAGUUCCUAUGGAUAUGGGAACAAUCAAGAAGCGACUUGAGAACAGCUACUACUGGAACGCCCAAGAAUGNUUUCAGGACUACUACAAG